CAGACGGACCACUUCAUCUGGGCUCAUCACCUCCCACCAUCCACUCCCCAGCAGACCUCCCGCCCGCCAUUGACCGUUGUGAGCAUACAUAUCACUCGAGUAAACACUCCCCCACCGUCCCGCCACCAUGUCCUCGCCCUCUCUCGCCUCCUACAUCGUCAAGCGACCAUGGCUCCACCGCUUCAUGAAGCCGCUCGCAAAUUGGUACGGCAACGCUGCAGGCUACAGACAGUUGGGAUUGAAAGCCGAUGAUUUGUUGCCCGAAGAGAACGAUACUGUUCUUCUAGCCCUCAAGCGCCUCCCGCCCAACGAGGCUUACGACCGCGUCUUCCGUCUGCGCCGCGCUCUCCAGCACUCCAUGCAACACAACUUGCUCCCCAAGAACGAAUGGACAACACCAGAACAGGACACCCCGUACCUUUCCUCCAUCAUUAAGGAGAUCGAGAAGGAGAUGGCAGAGCGUGAGGAUCUCGAGGCAUUGGUUAUCCAAAAGAGGACGAAGAAUGCCAGCCAGUAAAUGUUCCAAAACUGUACAUAAAGUAUCCGACAACGACGCGCGAGGGGAAAGAGAGAGCCGACUGUCCAUUAGAAGUGUACUAUCUAGAAAAUUUCCUUGCCACACCAUUGCCAACGACCUCUCUUCUCUUGUUUUAACAUCAUUAUUCGAUCGAACGUCCGGCAGUUGUCAGCUUCCGUCCUUGUCAGUC